GUCUGGCAUCUGGAACGGAUUUUUCCGGUACAGUGACGUAGAAUCUGCGGCUUCCUGCAGUUGAGCCCCACAAUCGAAAACUUUUCGCAAGACCUGAACACGAAUCAAAGAUCAAGACACGUUUCUUCUUGACACAUUCAGAACAUUACCUAUUAAACACGGCGAUGGAACUGGUGUAUAGUGCGUCCUCGGAUGAGGAACAGCCCCGGUCCAACGUGAGGCUCGCUACAUUAAACUUCUCCAAACCCAACAAGAAAGACAUAAAGGAGCUCAAACGAAACAUCCACAGGCGAGAGGCGCUGGUACCCUUGGAUUCCCUGGUGGAUCCUCUAGGAGUCUCGCCCGAGAUUAAUGAAAACUUUACAUACAUUGAAGAUUCAUCUUUCGACACAGACUCCGAAAGACAGCUCAUGCCGCAGUUUACCAAGCCGGAAGGAGGCCGGAAGUUCGAACAGGACAUGGAAGACGACUUUGACACGGAGUUUAGGAGCACCGAAAUUACCGAUGAUAGAGAGGCCCCGCUCAACUACUACGACUCCAGCGAAGACGUCUCUACGGAAGAGGACAUGGAUCAGCCGCAGGAGCUUCCCAGCAGACACAAUCUGCGGAUAUCCACGGACGUGACAGAUAUGAAACGUCGCGCGUCGUUGCGCGACAAGUUUAUGACCAAAUUCCAUCUCGCCAAGCCUGAGACGGCACCUCUGGAAACCCUUUUGGGGAACGUGAUGCACGUGGGGAGUGUGGGAGGAUUGACCCCUAGUAAUGACCCGGAAAACGGCCAAGUUUCAGGAGAAACGCUCGAGGCUGAAGUGAAAGACAUCAUGGAUUCGCACGCAAUUCACCUGCAGGUCAGCAAUGUUUCAACUUCCUCUACGUUUUUAGCCCCCAAUCCUGACUACUACCUCCGUCACGAGUUGGACGACGAGUACGAUAUAUACUCUGACCACGAAACAAACCACGUGGAAGGAUAUAUCCCGCCCCCACGAAGAGUCCAAGCUGGUGUUCUUUCGUCUUUACUCAAACUUUACCAAAACCCACACGAGGCAAAAUCGUCGCAGACGCUUCUCACACCUGUCACCAGCCAGGCAGUUUCCGAAACCAGGGGCUUGUCCAGAUUGAGGCAGCGGUUCCGGAAGCAUGGCUCUCUGGUUUCAUUCAACCAAGAUGAUCUCACUCGCAAGUUCAGCCAGGAGGAGCUCACCCGGAAGUUCAGUCAGGACAGGAUUUCCGACGAAAGCGACGAGGCAGAGAGGCUGAAAAAGGUGAAGCCCCAUAAGCGCAGUAGAUCGGAAAUGUUUGGGUUGAAGAAACAAGAAAACAACUCAGCGGAUGCCUUGCCAACGUUUAAACCCGCCCACAAACCGCGCGCGCCCAAACCGCGCGCGACGUUGCUAAAACGUAAGCACCUCGAAACCCAGGCGAAAAUCACGGUCCACAUUGCGGACAUUCUCCAACGCCAGCGAUUCAUUCUCCGUAUGUGCAGAGCACUCAUGCUCUACGGGGCCCCGACCCAUCGUCUUGAGGAGUACAUGACCAUGACGUCGCGCGUGCUUGAGAUCGACGGGCAGUUCAUCUACUUCCCGGGGUGCAUGAUUGUGUCCUUUGGCGACGCCACCACAAGAACAUCCGAGAUGCACUUGGUGCGCUGCUCACAGGGCCUUGAUUUGUCACGUCUAGCGGACGUGCACAAGAUUUACAAGGCGGUCGUACACGAUCUCCUUGGCGUGGAUGACGCGCUGACGCAGCUCGACGAGAUUCUCGCACGUACACCACGCUACCCCCCGUGGGUUCUUGUGCUCAACUACGCGUUUGCGCUGGCAUUUGUCGCGCCGUGGUCCUUUGGCGGCACCUGGGUUGACAUGCCGAUGUGUUUCUGGAUUGGCUUGCUUGUAGGUAUUCUACAGAACUACGUGUCGCCACGGUGCAACCUCUAUCUGAACGUAUUUGAGAUAUGCGCGUCCAUUCUUAUCAGCUUUUGUGCACGCGCUAUCGGCAGUGUCAACGGCGGAAACACCUUCUGUUUCUCCGCUAUCGCGCAGGGCUCGCUUGCGUUGAUUUUACCCGGGUACAUGGUAUUGUGCGGAUCCCUCGAGCUCCAGACGAGGAACACCGUUUCUGGCGCCGUGCGCAUGUUCUACGCGAUCAUCUACUUUUUGUUUCUUGGUUUUGGCAUCACCUUGGGGGCUGCGUUGUACGGCUGGAUCGACUCGAACGCCGUUUCCGAGGUCACCUGCAAACGCAACUUGUCGCCUUGGUGGAACUUCUUGUUCGUGCCCAUGUUCACCAUCGGCUUGGGCCUUCUGAGUCAAGCCAAGUGGCUGCAGUUACCCGUGAUGGUAUUGAUUCUGGGAGCCGGCACCACUGCUUCGUACUUCUCCAACUUGCACUUUUCUGACGUCACCGAGUUUUCCUCUGCCAUCGGUGUCUUUGUUAUUGGGGUUUUGGGAAACUUGUAUUCUCGGUUGGGCAAGGGAAUGGCAGUGCUGGCGAUGUUACCCGGGAUCAUGUGCCAGUUACCCGGGGGGAUCGGUGCCAAGAGCACGUUGCUCGCGGGGGUAGCCACCGCGAACAAGAUUGUUAAUGGGACGUCUACUGAUGGGACGUCCAGUUUGUCAUUUGGCGUCACGUUGAUUGAAAUCACCAUUGGGAUCACCGUGGGCUUGUUCGCCGCGACCUUAGUGGUGUAUCCCUUUGGUAAGCGUUCUACUGGGCUCUUUACCUUGUAGAGUACGGAAAGUAAGUACUGGUUAUGGAUAUAGUUAGCGACGAUUAGCAAACCGUCAUGGAGCGAGUGCGAACUAGGUUAUGUAUCCAUUAUAAAGAGUUUUAUGAUAUAAUCCAUUGCAGCACCUGGGAGCCCU